AUGGGGGGGACCCCUGAGGGCGUCCCACAAGUACAGAUCCUGGCCAUCGUGUCUAUCCUGUUCAUCGUACUCUCCACCAUCGCUCUGUCUCUCAACACACUUCCGGAGCUGCAGGAAAAUGAUGAAUUUGGGCAACCGAGCGACAACCGCAAGCUGGCACACGUAGAGGCUGUGUGCAUCGCUUGGUUUACCAUGGAGUACCUUUUACGAUUCCUGUCCUCACCGAACAAAUGGAAAUUCUUUAAAGGCCCACUGAACGUCAUUGACCUGCUGGCCAUCUUACCAUAUUAUGUCACCAUCUUUCUCACUGAGUCCAACAAAAGUGUGCUGCAGUUCCAGAACGUGAGACGCGUGGUCCAGAUCUUCCGAAUCAUGCGCAUCCUCAGGAUCCUGAAACUCGCCAGACACUCGACUGGCCUGCAGUCUCUGGGCUUCACCCUCAGACGAAGUUACAAUGAGUUGGGCUUACUAAUAUUAUUUCUGGCGAUGGGCAUAAUGAUAUUUUCCAGCUUGGUGUUUUUUGCUGAGAAAGAUGAAGAUGCUACCAAAUUCACCAGUAUCCCUGCAUCCUUUUGGUGGGCCACCAUCACCAUGACCACUGUGGGCUAUGGUGACAUUUACCCUAAAACACUGUUAGGGAAAAUUGUGGGUGGCCUCUGCUGUAUUGCAGGGGUCCUGGUUAUUGCCCUUCCUAUACCCAUCAUUGUGAACAAUUUCUCUGAGUUCUAUAAGGAGCAAAAACGCCAGGAGAAAGCUAUUAAAAGGAGAGAGGCUCUUGAAAGAGCCAAAAGGAAUGGCAGCAUUGUUUCUAUGAACUUAAAAGAUGCCUUUGCUCGAAGCAUGGAACUGAUAGAUGUGGCUGUGGAGAAGGCUGGAGAGUCAGCCAAUACCAAGGACUCCGUGGAUGAUAAUCACCUGUCUCCAAGCCGGUGGAAGUGGGCCAGGAAGGCUCUGUCGGAAACAAGCUCCAAUAAGUCUUACGAGAAUAAGUACCAGGAGGUUAGCCAGAAAGACUCCCACGAACAGCUGAACAACACUUCUUCCUCCAGCCCACAGCAUCUGAGUGCCCAGAAACUGGAGAUGCUCUACAACGAAAUCACCAAGACACAGCCUCAUUCCCACCCAACCCCGGACUGCCAAGAACAGCCCGAGAGGCCAUCUGCGUAUGAGGAGGAGAUCGAAAUGGAAGAGGUGGUCUGCCCACAGGAACAGCUGGCGGUGGCACAGACCGAGGUCAUCGUGGACAUGAAGAGCACCUCCAGCAUUGACAGCUUCACCAGCUGUGCCACUGACUUCACAGAGACCGAGAGAUCCCCCUUACCACCCCCCUCUGCCUCUCAUUUGCAGAUGAAGUUCCCCACUGACCUCCCAGGAACAGAAGAGCACCAAAGAGUCAGGGCACUUCCAUUUCUAACACUGAACAGAGAUAAGGGGCCUGCUGUCAGGGAGGCUACACUGGAUUAUGCCCCAAUUGAUAUAACUGUGAACCUCGACGCUGGGACUUCACAUGGUCCUUUGCAACCUGACAGUGCCGCUGACAGCCCUAAGAGCUCGCUGAAAGGGAGCAACCCCCUCAAGUCCAGAUCCCUCAAAGUGAACUUUCAGGAAAACAGAGGCAGUGCACCCCAGACCCCACCCAGCACAGCCAGGCCACUGCCAGUAACCACAGCUGACUUUCCACUCACCACCCCUCAGCACAUCAGUACCAUCCUUCUAGAAGAAGCCCUUCCCCAGGGAGAGAGACCCUUGCUGGGUGCUGAUGCUUCAGCAUACUGUCAGGGAUCUUCCAGAGGGCUCUCCCCUCGAUUUCCCAAGCAAAAACUGUUUCCUUUCUCUUCUAGAGAAAGAAGGAGCUUCACAGAAAUAGACACUGGAGAUGACGAAGACUUCUUGGACCUCCAAAGGUCAAGACCAGACAAGCAAGCAGACUCCAGCCCCAACUGCUUAUCAGAUAAGCCUGGAGAUGCCAGAGACCCUUUAAGAGAAGAGGGCUGUGCGAGCUCCUCCUCCCCUCAGAACACAGACCACAACUGUAGGCAAGACAUUUACCAGGCUGUGGGUGAAGCCAAAAAAGACAGUAGUCAAGAAGGGUACAAGAUGGAGAACCACUUGUUUGCCCCAGAAAUUCAUUCCAACCCAGGAGACACAGGUUACUGUCCCACUCGUGAGACCAGCAUGUGA